AUGUCCACUACAGACUUCGAGCCACAACCUCUAAGCCAACCCCUUAACGAUAAAGCCCUGUCCUCACUCCAGGACCUCAUCCACGAAAACCGCCAGGACCAGAAACUGCACGACCGCCUUGCCCUCGCCGUCCAGCACCUGACAGACGUCACCGGCGUCCUCAACGACAGAGGUUACGAGCGCAAGGUUAAAUAUGCAAAGGAACAUGCUCGGAGGGAGGAAUAUCAUGAAGAGGAGGACGACGAGGCAGCCCGAGCCCACCAGGCAUUCCAAGCCAAAGUCGAGAGUCUGACCAAGAAAAUGGACGUGAGCAUACGUGCCAUCAUCGACGACCAGAUCUGGCUCGAGGAUCUGCCCGAUAUCCUACGGCAUACUGUAAAUAAGGCACAGAAUCCUACUCUGUCCCAGCAGACCGAGCACAAUCAGAGCCCUACACCGAUUCAUUCUACCAGACAAAGCAAUGGCGAUGGGGACAUGGACGCAGAUGGAGACGCAACGGAACUUGAUGAAUCAAAUCGAGACCAAAAACCUAUAUUCCCUUCCAUUGUCAACCCUGCAGACACCCCACAUAUGCUCCUAGUCGAGGCUUUGCAAAAGCGGAGCAGAGACUGGGCAUCGAAGAGCUUGACGGAGAAAUACGCCUACAACAAUUCUUACAAAGGCUUUUACCGCGUGUUAUUCGAUGCGAAGCAUCCAGGAGAAUCUGCGCCACCCAUGCCAAAUGAACGACUAUGGUUCGCGGCCGAAGAAGGGCGAGAGGUGAUAUCAUCCCAGCGCCAACGGCCUGGUUCCCACGAAGCCGACGACGAUGGAGAUGAAGAAGACGACGAAAUUGAAAUCGCCUCAGAGAAGGUUCGGCUCAAAUGUCCCAUCACCCUCCUCCCCUACGUGGAUCCUGUGACGUCGGCCCGUUGCAACCACAGCUAUGAGAAGACCGCGAUCCAGGAAAUACUGCAGACGACAAGCGACCAUGUCCCCUGGACGCCCGAGCAACUCGCAGAAUUCAGCCGGCUCGACCGUCACGAACGAUCUAGACGUGAACGACAGAUGCGCACGCCCCAAGUUAAAUGUCCUGAGUGCAACGUGCCGCUGACUGCGGCAGAUCUACGGCCUGACCCGGCGUUGAAGAGACGAGUGCAGCGAGUUCUCGCAAAAGCUAGACGAAAUGAGAGAGAUGAGACUGCCACAAGCGAUAUCGAAGGAGACGAGGUUGAGGACGAAGACGGCGAAGAUGCAGUGCGAAGUGGUACACAAGGACGGCCCCUAGGUCUAGGAUCAAGUCCUCCCCUCACAUCUGGCAGGAAGAAUGCACGGGACAAAGCUGAGAGGGUAUCUUCCGAACGCAACAGCACACCAAGCGGGUCUCAACAUGGGUUGGCCGCCAGGUCACGCUCUCGCAUUGUGGAUGUUGAAGACGAUCUUGCUUGA